CGGCCCAUGACUUCCCUCAGGCCGUGAUGGUGAUUAUGGGUUGCGUCGUUCGGUGUGCAGCCAGAAAAAAAAAAGUUUAUUUUCUUGCUUGUAUUUUUUCCACUAUGACCGGCUUACAACUUGAUACACUUAGUUAUGCCUUGUUAACUACUAUUUUUGGUGCAGCCACCGUGUUGUCUAUUCGCAAUGCUAAAGGUGCCGACAUUCAUCCGUUGUUACUCAACACCCAGUCCGAUGUGUCGAAGCUUCGUCAUCCAGGGGAAUCGGCCAUCUAUCGCUCGAGAAUGUACCCCAAUGGCUCGCCGCUCUUGUCAACCUUUGACAGAAACUUUCGUACAGUGGCAGAUUUGUACCGGCAAGCAUUGAGCAAGCACGCAUCAUCGGACAUGGUAGGCGAACGCACGACAUUUGGAUACCGAUGGCACACAUAUGAGACCAUGGCUCGACGCGCUGAAGUCAUCUAUGCAAAUUUGGUCAAUCUCGGCUUAAAGCCACGCACCGGAGAAGCUAAUUCAUUUGUCGGCUUGUAUGCGACCAAUUCUCCCAAUACUGUUGCAUUCAGCCUUGCUUGUCAUUUGAAUGGUUUGGUAACUGUGCCUAUUGCUGCGAAAGCAAACUCGAGCCAUAUAUCGCAUGUGCUUCGCGAUACAUCAUUGACAGUUCUGGUGGUGGAUGCUGCUAACCUCGAUCGCGUGUUGUCGUUGGUGGAAGGCACUUCAGUGAAGCAUAUCAUUGUCAUUGGCAAAUCUGUGUCUCCCGCCAAAGAUGGCAUCAAUAUUGUUCGUUUACAAGAAUUUGAAAAUACAGAGACAAAGGUGGCCGAACAAGAUGCUCCCGUGGCGGAUGAUCUUGCGAGCAUUUACUACAGCAGCACCAGUAUCGAGCAAAAGGCAGGCGUUGUAUUGACACACAAGAAUCUACUUUCCAGCAUUGCAAGCUACUUGUUGGUGAUUCCUCCACAGCAAAAAGUGACCCCCAAGGACCGAUUGAUGCAUAAUCUUCCCAUUGAUAAUGUGUUUGGUUAUGUGCAAAGUGUCGUCUUCAUCUUUAUGGGUGCAUCGAUUGUCUUUGCCGACGAAGUGGAAGGAGAUCAUGUGGACGCCGAUAUUUCAUCAACCCUGAUUGCCGUAGCUGAAGCCAAGCCCACGGUGUAUGCUAGUGGUUCUGCGUUCCUUCAACAGGUCAAGUCGCUCAUCGAGUCACGUUACGGCAACUCGUUUUUAUUCCGUCGAGGAUUGGAUACAAAGAUGAGUUACUUUGAAGAAGGUCGCUUGGUCACUGACAGCAAGUACGACAUGCUCGUGUUCCGAGAUAUCCGCACCAAGCUGUUUGGCGGUCAGCUUCGUCUCAUGUUCGUGGAUAAACAUGACGCUACGACGGAACCCAUUGCCCCCUUUUUGAGAGCGGUGUUGGGCGUGCAAGUGUUGCAAUGUUUCAAUCGACCCGAGACUAGCUCAACGAUGACGGCGGCGAUGUUCUAUGAUUACAAGGCCGAUGUGAGUGCUUUCGGUGCACCUUUGCCCUGCAAUGAGCUGAAGUUGAUGGAUUUGCCGGAGCACGCGCUGACGAGUGAAGAUCAACCCAAUCCUCGUGGUGAAAUUUGGGUACGCGGCAAUAACGUGUUCCGAGGUUACUGGAAGAAUCCUCAAGCUACCGAAAGUGUCAUUGAUGCUGAUGGCUGGUUUAACACACGUACGCACGGAGAACUUUUACCCAACGGUGUUCUGAAAUUGUUAUCUUGAAAAAAUAAAUAAAUAUAAAGUACCAUGUUGUAUGACUUUUAA